UGUGAUUGGAAAUAUAAUCAGCUCGCAUUUCUCGACAGCCAACCUGCGGAAUAAGUCGCAUCAGUGCGGCCUCGGACAAUGUUGCAGACGCUGAACUUGCUCCUGAUCCCCCUGCUACUGGCGGCGGCGGACAAGGAGAGUCAGGAGAAAGGGGCAAAGAACGGGAAUUUUUUGGAGGAUGAGCAAUGGCUGUCCAGUGUCUCCCCGUACAGCCAGCAGAUCAGAAAUUGGAACCGAUUCAGAGACGAUGAUUACAUCCGAACGUGGGAUCAGAAUCAGGCCUUUGAUGAGGCGCUGGACCCCACCAAGGACCCCUGUCAGAAGGUGAAGUGCAGCAGACACAAAGUGUGCAUCUCCCAGGGGCAGCAGAGGGCCAUGUGCAUCAGCCGCAAGAAACUACAGCACAGAAUCAAACAGUCGUCCGUGGAACAAGUGGAGCGUCCCUGCAAGCCAUGCCAGUCAGCUCCAGUGUCUCCUGUUUGUGGCACAGACGGGCACACAUACACUUCCCAGUGCAAACUCGAGCUGCAGGUAUGCCUGACUGGGAAACAGCUUACCCAACAGUGUGCAGGCAACUGCCCGUGUCCAGCAGAGCACAUGGCAGCCUCUGAUCCCGGCAACAAGCCAGCUGGAUGCACAGGGCAGGACCUCGCAGAUCUUGGCGACCGACUCAGGGACUGGUUCCAACUGCUGCAUGAAAACGCCAAACAGAACAGCUCAGGCAGGAACACGGAUGGUGUGGUGGACAAGAACUUGGUGGCCAGCUGCAGGGAUUCGAUUGGCUGGAUGUUUUCCAAGCUGGAUACGAACGUGGACAUGUUCUUGGAUGAGACAGAGCUUGCAGCGAUCAACCUGGAUAAAUAUGAAGUCUGCGUGAGACCGUUCUUCAACUCCUGUGACACCUACCGGGAUGGGCAGGUUUCCAUGGCCGAGUGGUGUUUCUGCUUCUGGAGAGAAAAGCCCCCCUGCCUGGUUGAGCUGGAAAAGAUCCAACUGCAAGAGGCAGCACAGAAGGUGCCUGGUACUUACAUUCCAAGCUGUGAUCAGGAUGGAUACUACAGGAAGCUGCAGUGUAACACCUACUUUGGCGAGUGUUGGUGCGUCGAUCACCAAGGCAUUGAGGUGGCAGGAAGCCGUGUGAAAGGAAACCCUGACUGCGAUGACGUGAUUAGUUUCUCGGGAGACUUUGGCAGCGGAGUUGGAUGGGAGGACGAGGAGGAGAAGGAAGCCGAGGAGAACGCUGAAGAAACAGAGGAGGAGGAGGGUGAAGUUGGGGAGGCUGACGAUGAUGGCUACAUUUGGUAGAAAAGCAACAGCUACUGCAAGCCCUCCCAGCCGUUCAACACAUAUUCCUCACUCUUCAUACUUUGACUGAUAAUUAUCUCAUCCACUGUCCCACAGUGUACAUGAUCACCAGUGACAUCCCUGGCACCAGUGAGUACAUCAUUGACACUAUUAACUGCACUAUUUCAUGUGACUGAUUUAUCACAGUAAUAUCAAGAAAAGCACGAGACCAUCAGUGAGUGACCCUACUCACCACAGUAGAGUUGCCAACCACAGCCCAAAGCAUGAGUAGGGAGGGGGUUGAAUGAGGGACUCUGCUGUGGGAAAUAUGAUCAAAGUAUUGUAAUAGUGAGAUCAGGAAAAUACAGACAAAAUGCUGGAGGAACUCAGCAGGUCAGGCAGCAUCUGUGGAAAAGAAUAAACAGUCGACGUUUGGGCUGGCACUCUUCAUCAGGUCUGAAACAUGUUGCCCGAUCGUCGACUGUUUAUGCAUCUCCACAAAUGCUGUCUGACCUGUUGAGUUCCUCCAGUGUUGCGUGUGUGUAUAUGUGUGUGGCUCUGGAUUUCCAGCAUCUGUAGAAUGUCUUGGAGUGUUCGAGAUAAGGAACAGCUGUCUCAUUCUGAAGUAGCAAUAGCUGAGCGUACAGUGAAUUAUUUGCGCCGCGUGUCCCUUGCUAGUUGCUCCUCACAUUGACAUUCCCCCCCCCCACCACCCCAGCAGGCUGUCUCUCACCUCACUUUACACUGGAAGUUGCUUUAUGAAUUUUUAUUAAUGUUUGUAAAUUCCCGGUUCAGGCCGUGUAGCAUUGCUAAAAGUUGUACACCUGUGGCGGAGAGAGGAAGCAGCUACAGGGUGUCUACACCCCCCAGCCCCAGGGAAAUUUACAACCACCAAAGGCUGGGGAAAAGCAGCAAUCACAGCACAUUGAGGUGAAAAUUUGACUUUGGCCAUGACUGCUAUACAGAUGUGUCAGUGGAACAGGUUAAUGGCAGGGACACCGUCAACGUAACUAGCCUGUUUGGCAUAAGCAGUCAAAAAAACCGAUUGCUGCCACGCGUGAAGAAUGUAGGGAUGGCAAGACUAGUCCUGGGAGCCUUGGCAUGAGGAUUGAGUCUUGGGUUUUGAAGCUGGCAUCUGGUCCAGUGGUAGGUGCCACCCAGUGAUAAUGCAUUCAGCAUAGGGCAGGAUAACUGGGCAGGCACUGUUAAUGCUUUGUUUUGGGAAUGGCUUGAUUUUCUCUCUAGAAGCAAUUUGAGACCAACUAAAGCAUUGGAAAGGUUUGACUCAAAAAUAAAUUCCAAAGUGAAACAUUAUCCUCAGCAGAGCACAGAGUGUGUUGACAAACACACAGUUUAAUGUCAGUCAUUCGUGCUGGAAGGCUAGGCAGUAUGGAUGUACACAAGUAUUGAAGAGCGCUGCAGUUGUUGGUAUUGUGUUAGUGAAAUGUUUUAUUGGUGCUUGUGCCCAGUGUUAAAUUGACCUUCACACACAAUCUACCUACUUCUUCUCCAUACAUCCCAUUGAAAAGACUACCAGCAAAAAUCAUACACGGUUGGUUGGUAACAAUGACUGUCUAAUUCAAUAGGUACUUAAAAAGAGGGCAUACUCUCAUCUCUGUCUGUCUGUCUCUCUCUCUCUCUCUCUCUCUCUCUCUCUCUCUCUCUCUCUCUCACACACACACAACUUUGCAUACGUGUGUACUCAUAAUCUUAAAAUUACACACUUAAAUGUACUUUCACAGACAUUCUCAUAUGCAUGCACACAAUGCACCCAUGUACACACACAUUCUUAUCUGUAUCUAGUUGCUUGCAAGCUAUUUCUCCACAAGUGUUAACUGAUGGAUAACAGAGGACUGUUACUCAAGACCAAUGAAAAAGGGAAAACUCCUGAGCUGCAGGUAAGACUCUGGCAAGUAAAAUGGCCCCGUUCCUGCUCCUCCAUUCACCUGGAUGUCCUGUGUGAAUUACAAAAUCUUUUGUUGUUAGUUGCAGUAGAGUUCCUUGGGAUGUGCUGACACUCACACACAAAGCAGUAUAGAAACUGCCCUGUCUUGCGGGAUUGUUUAUUUCACCCAGCACAGGUACACUGGGUGAAAUACUGAUAACACAAAGACUAGGAUGAUCACCAUGAGCCAUUCAAGAGGAAGUAUUACAGUGAGUUGGAGGAAUGGAAGAUGUGGGGCCAUGGGUUCAUAGGAUUCUGUUGGAAAGAUAAGCAAGAAAUCCUUAAUUAUCUUAAUGCCAACUAUUCUGUAUGCUGUCAUUGUAAGCAUACACUGACACACAAAAGCGACCCCCCGUAUGCUGAUCUGACCCCUCCCUCUCAUAUUUUGCACCCCCCCACUCAUAUCCACAAUCCACAUGUGUUGACCUCCACUCACACAGGCUUUUGUGCUGAUUCUUAAGUUCACGCUGGCCCAAACAGUGAUCUGCAUAUACUAAUCGACCCUUAUCCUGACCUCCCAAAUCACUGGCCUUCACCUAAACAAAUUGCAGAUGCUCGGGGUACAUGGGGGGGGGGGGGGAGAGCUCCAGCCUCCAGAAACUGACUUUAAUUGGGUUUGUCAUGUGCACGGUCACAAGGGGGUCCUGAAAGUUUCCCUCUCCCUUUGGAUCACGGUGUAAGUUGCCUAAUGUUACCCCUGGUUAAACUUUACUCCCGAUUUCAUUGGAGACAAGUCAGGAGCAGCUUUGCAUGUUUGGCUCAGUGAAGAUUGCCUGCUUUACGGUCUCGUUCAAACGUAAAGGUUCCCUCAGCUGUUUUCCACUGCUGGCCUCCCAAAUGUCUGAAAGUGUAAAUUCACAAAAAUACCGUCAAACAUGGUGCAACAGUACUCUUUCAUCGGUAUGGAUUGUUACUAAAUCAGAGGAAUUGAAAGCAAGAUCAUUCUGGUCACGACAUAAGCUGCUAUCUCUUUGUUAUCCAAGCACUUUUCCUGAAAAAUGAUUGAGUGAGUUGUGCGUUUGCUUGGGCUGACCAGUUUAAAUUGACCGACACUGUUCCUCCAUCUCCCGCUAACAUUUGCUUUAUAUUCAUGUGAUUUGUAGUACGGAGCACUGACAGCCGCGCACCUGGCCUGCUGAAACCAUCCUCUUGACCGUAGCAUUCUCAACACCCUCCAAUUAAUUAACUAUCUCCAUUUUUAUACUUCACUUCUCCAUGUGGGUGUGACAACUUUUGCGUUGUGUGUGCGUGUGAUGUGACUAUGGGUCCUGUGUAGUUCAAAUUCAUAAGUGCAAGUCAUUUGAAGAUCGGGUAUUUUAGAGUGGUGUGAUAUUAUUCACCACUGUGGAUUAGUAGUUCUCUCAAAGCUGUAGGAUUGAGUACAGAGAGUACUAAGUACAUUUAGUGUUGUGUUUAGAGAUAUUAGCACUGAUUGAGAUAUGGGGAGGAACUAAAGAGCUUCUUAAGGUUUGGAGAGAAAAUGGAUCAACAGUUAAGAAUGGGGGAAUGGGUCCAUAACAGAAUAAUCAUACCUGGACUUAAUCUUAAGGAACAAAUGCCUAUGUUCUUGCUUAAGAUUUUAUUGUGUUCUUUGUAUAUAAAGGGAAAGGUGAACACUUAAGAUAUGGCUAAACAUUAGGGUUUAGUUCUCUUUCUGGUAUAAAAAUCCAUUUUAAUAUUAACACAACUGAAAAGGCAAACACAGCAGAGUCUACAUCCACAUGCAACUGUUGUCUGUCGAUCAAUGGUUAAAGGAAGUUACUGCAAAAAAAUGUUGACAGUAACGUUAUGAUUGCAUGCCUGACUUUCAAAGGAGCAAAUGUGCAAUACAUCUCCGCUGAAACUGUAUGACCAACGUGUAGCACAAUGUAGAGGGUGCAAUGUCAUGUCAAGGAGUAGUUUGAAGUAGAGUGCAGCCCCACUCCUGCACAGUAUAGAGAUAUUUAGGGAAUGUGGGUUGGGGGGAGGAGCAGGUGGAGGGGUCAGAGGAACACCCUACACUAAUAUCACAAUAUGGUUGUGAGGAGUUCUCUCUGACUCCCUUGUGUAGACCAUUGAGAUAAUCCAUAAUGCUCUAAUAAUCUGUAUGUAGAUCAAUCUCAGUCUCAUAUUUCAUUCACUGGAUAGAUUAAUGUAUGCCUUGAGGUUCAUGGGAUUUACCCAGAAUGUAUAAAUCUUGUUGUACUGAAUGUUAACUGCUUGGAGAUGUCUUAUUCUCAAUAUUUACAUUGUAUUUGAUAAUAAAAUAACCCAUUUAUCCGAA